CCACCGCCACUGCCACAGUGUGUUUAUAUUAUUAUCACCGUGUGCCACUCGGCAGACACAGUUCACUCGACAACCGUAUCGCUCGUGUGUUUUGCAUCAGUGUAUUUGCUCGCUCGCGAUUUCCGUAUUAAUAUUUUUUUGUACUUUUUUCGUCAUUUGAAAAAAAAAAAUUACCGAAACCGAACAGUGCGUGUACUUUAAUCGCUUUUUCUCGAUACAUAUUAAUAAAUAUAUAUAUUAAAAAAAACCGCGUAUAUUUAACUCUCUCACAUAUAAGACACAUUAUAUCACACCGGGCUAAUAAUAUACGCGUUUCGACCAUGGAUUUCGUCGAGUCCCGCGAAUUCGCCUGACGACCGACGUUUUAUUUUGUGCCACACAAAUACGCAAGUUAUUAUACACAAACUAAACCACAUUUCAUCAGCUCGCCAAAAAAUUGAAAAAUGAUUAAUCAUCGGAUCCCGUUGAAAAUAUUACCGACGGCAGUAGUGGUGAUUGUCUUGCUGGUCGAAGGAUUAUGCCUACCAGCUCGUACAAAAAAUGUUAUAUUAGAAGAUGAAGUAAGUACUGUUCCGGCUGUAGAAGGUGAUCGUUUAAACAUAAAAUGCGAUUAUUCAGAAGCUAUUAAGAUCUCUAAAGUGCAAUGGACAAAAGAGUCAGACGACGAAACUCCGUUUGACUCACCAAACAUAUUGUCAAAAAAAUUACAAUGGUUACGUUUCAAGAACCUUAAACUCUCUGAUCACGGACGAUAUUCUUGCUUGAUCAGUGGUUUUACCGAGAACGGAGUGUUUUCUAAAUGGCGUAAUUUUACGUUGAUAACGUACAAAAGUUCGGAAGCUAACGGUAAUGGAAAAACACCAAAAAUGACAGCACCUCAAAGCCUUUCACAUCGAAAGGACGGAGUCAAGCCGAAAUUUAUCAACAGACUUUUUAUGGAUAACAACGUCGCAUUAUUAGUAGACGACAUUUUAACAUUGAGUUGUCCCUUUGAGAGUACAUCUGAUGUAGUAUUUUAUUGGUAUAAAAAUGAUGUGUUACUCAUUGAAGGAGGCGCAAACGUCAAUAAUUACACUUUGAGUCAAGUAAAAUUGUCAGAUGCGGGAAACUACUCUUGCAUAGUAAAAAACGAUUUCGGUUCUAUCCAACAUAAAUUCAAUGUAGAUGUUUAUGAGGACCAAAACAAAUUGCCUCUUUUAGUCGAAUAUCCGCACAAUUUGACUUUAAAGCCUGGGGAUACAGCACGGUUUGCUUGCAAAACUUUUGAUCAACUUUAUACAAGAGUUGAUUGGUACUUUUUGAAUGGUACAAAUCCACGAGAUAUAGAGACCGAUGACCUUUUAUUAUAUAAAAAGAUGGCCAACAAUCACAACGUUAAAUUGUUUAAUGGUGUAUUGAUACUCGAAGGUGUCACAGUUGAUGACAUUGGUUGGUAUGUUUGUUACACAAACGGAUCAAAAACGCGUGUAAUGACUGGUGCUAAAUUGGACGUGGACAAAAGUUUAGUUAAUGAUCUAAAUGACCAAGACUCCGGAAUUGAAUUAGAAGACGGAGAAAUUAUCGACAAUUCAAGGAAAAUUGGGUUUUUUAAUUCAACAGAAAAUUCCACUCCUCCUAAAUUCACAAGAUUUGAUAGCAUGCAUAGAGUAAUCGCAAAGCCCGCCGGAAAUAUGUUAAAGUUAAAAUGUGCAGCUGAAGGUAAUCCUUUGCCGAACAUAACAUGGUACAAAGACGGUGUUACGCCUCCUCAACGGCAACUAGGUAUAGUUAGGUAUACGCAAUGGGCAAUCAUACUGGAAGAUUUAGUAACUACAGAUUCCGGUAAUUAUACGUGCAAAGUGAUCAACGAGAACGGAUGUAUUGAUUUCACUUAUAAGGUCGAAAUAAUAGAACGAUUUCCGCAUAAACCCUACAUUAAAGAAGGGCAGCCUCAUAACGUCACCACAUUAGUACAUACCAACGUAUCGUUUGAAUGUACUCCGUUAGCCGAUCUUGAACCGUAUAUGCAAUGGCUCUACCAUAACGCCAGUGUCGUGAACGUCAACGGAUCAAAUCUUGAAAACGGCACUGUCAUACAGAAUGGCGCUCCCAGCGAAGGUAACCCGGAAAUAUUGCAACUGUCUAACGUGACGCAUUUGAGCGAAGGAUGGUAUACAUGCGUGGCCGGUAACAGUUUGGGCAUGAGCUACGCUAGUGCCUAUUUAAAAGUAGUUGACGAGUUGGAGGAUCCGAUUAAAAUCAAAGCUUUUCAAUUACAAACGUACCAAUUGGCUGCUCUAGGCAUUAGUUUUUUAUUAGUCAUUUUGGUGUGCAUCAUAAUGCUGGUGUGCAGUCAGAGGAAGAGGGAGAAAUUGAAAGAGCUGGUGGCCAGAGAAUCAGCUAGAAACGCAAUGAUCACUCAAUGGACCAAGAAAAUAAUCAUCGAAAAACAACAAAUGGCCGAUGCUAGUGAACCAUUGUUAAUGCCUGUAGUGAAAAUCGAAAAACAAAAAAGUAAAUAUACAAAAUUAGACCAGGUGUGCAUGUCCGAAUACGAAUUGCCUCUCGAUCCUUGUUGGGAAUUUUCGAGAGACAAUUUAUCAUUAGGUAAAACUCUUGGUGAAGGCGCAUUUGGUAAAGUUUUACGUGGCGAAGCCGAUGGAAUUUUGUGCGAAAAUGUAAUAAGUACAGUGGCGGUAAAAAUGUUGAAAGACGGACACACUGAUACCGAAAUGAUGGAUUUAGUUUCGGAAAUGGAGAUGAUGAAGAUGAUUGGCAAACACGUGAAUAUCAUAAACUUGUUGGGAUGUUGCACACAAGACGGACCUUUGUAUGUGUUAGUGGAAUUCGCAUUACACGGUAACCUCAGGGAUUUCUUGAGACAGCAUAGGCCAUCUUCAGGCUAUGAACCUGCUAUCGGAUCAAAUCUUAAAGAUACCUUAACGCAAAAGGAUUUAGUUUCGUUUGCAUAUCAAGUUGCCAGAGGAAUGGAGUAUUUGGCGUCAAGGAAGUGUAUUCAUAGAGAUUUGGCUGCAAGAAAUGUCUUGGUAAGCGAAGAUUUUGUAAUGAAAAUUGCAGACUUUGGUUUAGCUAGAGACAUUCAAAAUCAAGAAUAUUAUAGAAAAACUACUGAUGGAAGACUUCCGGUAAAAUGGAUGGCACCAGAAGCUUUAUUCCAUAGAGUGUACACAAAUCAGUCAGACGUAUGGUCUUACGGAGUGCUAUUGUGGGAAAUAAUGACCUUAGGAGGUACGCCUUAUCCUUCCGUACCCAACAUGGAACAGUUGUUCAAUCUGCUACAGAGCGGACAUCGUAUGGAGAAACCGUCUUGCUGUUCUCUGGAAAUAUACAUGAUAAUGAGGGACUGUUGGAGUUACCAUCCGAACGAAAGGCCCAUGUUCGAUGAGCUGGUGGAGAGUCUCGAUCAGAUACUGUCAGUGACGGCCAACCAAGAGUACGUGGACUUCGGGCUGCCGCAGCUGGACACACCGCCCACCAGUCAAGAGUCGUUCGAUGGAAACGACCUAGUCAAUUUCUCCGUGUGAUUUCCUCGUCUGUUUUCCCGCACGACGACGUCGGAUAAUUCAUUGUAUCGAUGGUGGUAUCCGAGUGAGUGCGUGUGCGUCCUCCGCAUGUCCGGAGGACUACAAUAGUUUCCUUAAGCUCGAGACGAGAGCCGCAUCAGUAUUUCCCAUAACUUCUAUGUUAUAUUAUAUAAUUAUAAUAUGACAUAUGUUUCGUGGAGUUUCAUCGUUUUAUUGUAAACAUAAUAACGAGUACAUUUUAUGUAACAUUAUUUAUUAUUAUUAUUAUUAAUUUAAUUUGUCGAAUUGAAAUGCAUAUUGUAAAUAACUUUUGUGUAAAACGAAUUAUUAUGUUAUUGAUUUUAAUUAUUUAAUUGUUUGUAAAAUACUAGUUUUUUUAUCGUUAAAUACGAGUAAUAUCGUAAAUGUUUUUGUUUGUGUUUAAACUGAACGGAAAUUUUGAAAAAAAGUUAUGAUGAUAUGAAAUUAAAACGAAUGGCGCGCGGCGCAACAAGACUGAAUAUCGUACGGAAUUAAGACUUAAUAGUAACAAUUUCCGUGUGUUAUAGAAGCGGGGAUAUAAUAUUAUAAUAUUGAUAUUUCUAAAUGUCCAAUAAUCAAAUAUCCCUAUUUUUAUAAUAAAAUGUAUCAAUUAUUUUGUAAUCAUUUUAAUUUAUAUAAUAUUUAAUAUAGUUAUGUAUAACCGUAAUUAUAUUGAUUAAAUAAACAAAACAUAAUUUUAACUCGAUCAUAAGAGACUUCUAGUCAAGUGUAGGCAUGUACCCGCCAAACUACUGUAUAUAGUAUAUGAUAUAGUUGCGUAUGUUCUCAAUCACGCGUAUAUGAUUUAUACAAUUAAUUUUCAUUAAUUUAUCGCAAUAAUAAUAUUAUGGUAAAUAUCAUUUUGAAAUUUUAUUUUUCAUUUGUUUAUUUUUGUAUAUAAAAUAAUUGUCCGAUAUGUUUAAAAUUGUUAUUGUACUGUUAUUAAAAAUACCGGUCGAUUUUUAACGUGGUAGCUCGUCUUCUACAUUAUUUCACAAUCGUUAAUAAUGCAUGAUCGUAUCGACCACCAAUCUCAUUUUUAUUUGUAUUUUUCGAUUGAAGUUAUAAACUAGUUUAUUAUUUAUGCAAUAUAAUAUGUUAUUAUGGUAAGAUAAACUAUAAAUGUAAAUUAUUUUAUUUUCAAUGUAUUUAAUUAUAUAUUAUAUAAGUAUUUUUUUAGUUUUAAAAUAAAAGCUACAAUACUACUAUCGUUAAAAUAGUAUUUAUAUACUAAUCACCACUUAACAUUACUACUAAAUAAUAAUACAAUUUGUUA